AUGAGGAGCAGCUGGAGUUCACUCGCCAUCGUUCUUUUUCUGGCUGCACUUUGUGCCGUCCAGGCCACCUACCAACACUACUCGCGUUGCGACUGUAAUGGGAGGUCUCGGUACUGCCUCCGGGAUGCCCAGGGCCUUCACUGCGUCGACUGUCAGGGAAACACUGUGGGCCGCCACUGCGAACGCUGCAAGGACGGCUUCCACCUGCUGGGGGCAGCACUGAGCUGCACGCCCUGCCGCUGCAACUCCACAGGUUCCAUCAGCGCCACAUGUGACAGCAGGGGGCGCUGCAACUGUAAAGACGGCGUCACCGGAGAUAAAUGUAACCGCUGCCCGGGCGGACCGAUCGGGCCAAACGGCUGCUCGCAAAGUCGUAAGCCCAGAGAGGAUUCUGGGAGUCGGAUCUGUUUCUGUUACGGUCACAGCAGCAGAUGUUCUGCACAGUCCAGUUACUCCGUUCACAGCAUCACCUCCACCUUCGCCGAUGGUCCAGAGGGCUGGAGGGCGGCGACGGCGCAGGGCGUCACCCCCAAAGACGUCCACUUCCGCUGGUCACCUAAACACCAGGACCUGGAGGUGAUCUCCAAAAACAGCCUGCCCGUCUACCUGUUCGCCCCAGCUCCUUACCUGGGGAAUCAGUUGCUGAGUUACGGUCAGAACUUUUCCUUCUCCUUGCGUCUGGACCGCGGCGUCCGACACCCGUCCACCAACGACGUGGUUCUGGAAGGAGCCGGCCUCCGAGUGGCCGCCUCGCUGGGCGACCUGCGAUCCAUCGUCCCCUGUGGACAGAAAAUAAACUACAGUUUCAGGCUGGAUGAGCAGCCCGGCAGCCGGUGGAGGCCUCAGCUCUCGCCCUCGCAGUUCCAGACGCUCCUCCAGAACCUCACCGCCGUCAAGGUCCGGGCAACAUUUGGAGAAAAUGGACGUGGAUAUCUCGCCAACGUGCGGCUGGUGACUGCGCGGCGUGCCGAUGGCGCCCCCGCCCGGUGGGUCCAGACCUGCAGCUGCCCGCCAGGUUACGAUGGCGAGUUCUGCGAGCGAUGCUCGGCUGGCUUCAGACGCAAGAGCCCGGCGGACGGGGCCUUCAGCCCCUGUGAGCCCUGCAGCUGCAGAGGAGGCAGCUGUGACCCGCAGACGGGAGACUGCUACUCCGCCGACGAGACGCCCUGCUCCGAGGGCUCCUACCGAGACCCCUGGCAGCCUGGAACCUGUGUGAAGUGUCCCUGUCUGGACGGAGUGUCCUGCUCACUGCCUGCCGGGUCACUGACGCCCCAAUGUGACCCCUGUCCAACCGGAAGCACAGGUCCUCGCUGUGACGUCUGUCAGGAGGGUUUUUACCGCGGCCCUCCUCGUGGCGACGUCGUGCAGCAAACCUGCAGGCCCUGCCGGUGCAACGGACACAUCGACGUCAGCGUGGCGAGAAGCUGCGAUCGCAUCACCGGCGAAUGUCUGAAGUGUCUGAACAACACGACGGGGCCGCGCUGCGAGGCCUGUGUGCCGGGUUUCUACCACGGCCGAGCCACCGACGCCUGCAAACCGUGUGACUGCGACCUUCAGGGCUCUGAGUCCAGACAGUGUGACGAUUCGGGUCUCUGUCGGUGCAGACCGGGCUUCGAGGGUCUGAGGUGCCAGAGGUCCAACUGUCCCGCCUGUUUCAGCUCCAUCAAGACCAAGAUGGAGGCGUACGAGAUCAAACUGAAGGAGCUAGAGAUUCUGAUCUCAGCCGGUCCCAAACAACCCGGCAGGAAUCAGAUGGAGGCUGCUCUGAGGACCAUGGAGAAGAUGGUGAUCGACCUGCAGUACAAUACAGAGCUGCUGGAAGGACAGGAGAAGAGCCUGCAGGGCCGCCUGUCGUCCAUCAGCAGGAGUCAGCUGGACGAGGGCCGGAUCCUCCAGAACAUCGCCGACACGGCGGACGACGUCAAACAACAACAGAAGACCUACAGGACGAAGGUGGAGGCGGUUCGGAGUCUGAUGGUGGAGAUGAAACGCAACCUGGACGAGGCCAAAGACGACCUCAGAUCAGCUGAGAUUCCUCAAGGAGACGCUCCGCUGGAUUCCAACCCCUUCUCUUCUCUGGUGCCGACGGCCAUCAGUCUGGCUGAUAAACAUCAGACGACAGCGGACGCUGUGCAGCAAACCACCAACGAAGCUCUGAGUGACUCGAAGAAGAGUCUGGCUCUGGUCCGGACCCUCAUGAACAAAGAGAACAAAGUCAAGAUGCUGAUCGGAGAUCUGAAAACCAUGUACGAUAAGACUUCGGCCCAGGUGAAGGGUUUGGAGAAGCAGGCGACCCAGCUGAGCAGCGAGGCCCAAAACGAGAGCACCAUGGCGGACGACAUGCUCAAAAACAUCGUCAACCUGGAACGAACAAUCCCGUCGUCCAUGAAGGGGCAGGUGGACGAUAUGGUUUCCAGGUUGGAUGACGUGAAGCAGACGAUGGACGAGGACAUCUCAGACUUGGAGGUGCUGCAGGACGGCGUGCUGCGAGACAAGGCCACCACCGAGGACCUGCUGGCCAAGGGCAAGGCCGCCAAGCAGGAGUUCGACGACCUCGUGGACAGAGUCGACGUCGCCAAGGCCAUCACAGACGGCGCUCUGCAACGCAUCAACAGCAACACCAACGAGCUGGACGACGCCCUGAACACGCUGGGAGGGUUCGACCAGCAGAUCAACAGGGGCAAAGCUCUGGCUGAUGAAGCCAUAAAGCGACUGCCCGGCAUCAACGCCACCAUCCAGAAGGCCGUCGGCAGCAACGCAAAGACGGUUGCUGUCCUGGGAGACGUGUCUGAAGACUACAACAAGGCGCAGGGAACCAUCGGCGAGCUGGUGGACCUGGUCAACAGUCUGGAGGGGACAAUUAGAUCUUUGCCUUCUUCUGCUGUUCUGGUGAAUGAAGCCACCAAACAGAACAAGGACUCGAAGGAUCUGAAGACUAAGGCGUCCGGUCUGGCUGGAGACCUGGUCUCGGAGCUGGACGCCGGCAGGAUACUGGAGGACAACGCCGCGGAGGCUUCCGUUGGAGCCACUGGAGCUUUCAACAACGCCGUACUGACCAGAGACGCUGUGGGAGAAACCCUGAGAGACAUCAGCCGCCUGCUGGCCAAAAUGAACCAGACUGGUGCUGUGGACGACACGCAGCUGAAGCAGCUGGAGGCCUCUGUGGCCGGCGCUCAGAGGGACGUGGAGGACAGUCUGAAGCCUCGGCUGAGGGACAUGGAGGAUCAGGAGGCCGCCUAUCGCCGCCGACUGACCGCCAUCAACCUGGACAUCGCCAACAUCCUGAAAGACAUCGACAACCUGAAGGAAAUCAAGAAGACGAUCCCACGUCAUUGCUUGAACAUGCCUCCAUUAGAGCAGCCCUGAGGA